UCGGAGGAAGCCGGUUGUUAUUGAAGUUGAGGGAGGGGGGCAGGGAGAACUCGGACGGGCCGGGCCGGGCGGAUACUGCUGUUGGCGGCGGCUAGAAGGCCGCGUGAGUGUGGCUGUCCCACCGGAGGGGGACAGAGACAGGCUGGGCCCCUUCCCCCUGAGGGGGACGCCAUGUCGGGUCCAGGUCAAAAAACCGAGAGCCGUGCCAUCCCCACCCGCCGAGUGAGUGUCAGCGACUCGGGCCAGUUACCGCAUGAUUACAGCACCACCCCCGGGGGCACUCUGUUCAGCACCACACCCGGAGGCACCCGCAUUAUUUAUGACCGUAAGUUUCUCAUGGAAUGCCGCAAUUCUCCAGUUGCCAGGACUCCGCCACGCGAUCUUCCAAAAAUUCGGGGUGUCACAAGCCUAAAUGCAACAGAGAAGGUGAAACCAGCAACAAACCAUGUGAACAAUCACGAGGAGAAGGCAGCUGGUGGAGAUGAUGCCCAAUUUGAGAUGGACAUUUAAGACGCACCACAUGCUUUCCUCCAGAAUGAGGAAAUUUGGCCCUGGAUCCUCUUCAGUAGGGCUUAUUGGUCAGCCCGGGUAUUUCUCUAAGUCACCAGCGCUACUUCAAAGUAAGAAAUAUUCAAGGUGCUCCUACCAUUGACAGAUCUGACUACAGACAAGAACACGUUCUGCAAAUACUUUGAUAAGUAUUGAGUACCACGUGUCAUAUGUGGUAGAACAUCCACUGAUCUUGUUGGCAAUGGCUGUUGCGAAGCUGGGGCAUCUCUCGGGUUCUUGAUCUCUUUAACCUGGUUUGGAAAAUUGUACGCCUUUGGUAAAUCAAGGCUCAAGGUAAACCUUUCCGAGAUGUAAUUUUUGGAAUGAAGAGAGAGAACCAACAAAAUAAAGUGUAAUUCAAUCA